AUGCGCUCCUUCAUCGCCAUCGCGGCACUAGCCAUUUCUGGCGCCGUCGCUGGGCCUUGCAAGCCUCGAACUACUGAGACUUCGACAUCUGUCGCUUCAGAGACUUCGUCUGCUGCUGUUGAAGCCACGACUCUACCUGCGCCUCCGGUCGAUUCCAUCAUCACCAACACUUGUACCGGUGGUGGCCUUACGAGCCUCGAUCCUUUCGUCAUCGACGGCGAUGUCACCCUGAACACUAACGAUGGUUAUAAUCCCGGCGGUGGGAGCUCAGACAAGAGCUGCGCUGCGCUUAGUGCCCAGUCUGCUGGAACGCGCAAGCGUCAGACUCUCGGAGAGAUUGCGGCGCUGAAGCAGUUGCUCACUGGCCUGAAUGUGCGAACUCAGUACACCGUCCAAUUCUUCUACCUCGUCUUCACUCCUCCCCAGGCGACAACAUCUUGUGUUCUCGAAGCAUUCAUCGGUUCGCAGAAGUUCUUCACCACUGGCAUUUUCUCCAAUGGUGCUAGCGUUAGCUACAACGAGGUCUUGGUCUCGACUUCUGCGCCUGCUACCCAGGGCUUCUUGAACAUCCAGACUACAUGCUCUGGUGGAGGUUCUGCCAUGGUGCUUGUUGACUCUAUCUUCAUCUCUAACCAGGUCACUCCGGAGAACAUCAACGACUUUAGACUUGACUUUGGAGGCGGUGAUAUUCGUGAGCCUGUGAAUAGCCUCCCUACUACUCGGAUUGCUCCAACUACUCAGCGUGGACCUGCUACCCAGACUUUCCCCGCUACUCAGGAUGGUCCUUCUACACAAACCCCUCCUGCUACCCAAUCUCAACCUGCUACCCAGAACGGCCCUGCUACUCAGACUCUUCCCGCCACCCAGAAUGGACCUGCUACCGAGUCUGAGCCUGCUACUCAGAAUGGCCCUUCUACUGCCACCAAUGUUCCUACCCAAGGCACCGAGUCUACUUCCGCUCCUGCCAACCCCAACGACGCCACCACUCAGACAGUCAAUCCUGGCUUCCAGACCAGCACCUCUGCAAACGGCGGUGCCUCGACUGAAGCCAACUUUGCUUCCACCACGACUCGUCCCGACACCCAGCCUGCCACUCCUACUCCCGUUGGCUCCCAAACCGUCACUGCUUUCGACCCUGAUGCCACCAUCGGCCCUCUCAACAACGCCCAGCCUCCUCAGGACAACUGCGUCAGCACCAACCUUAUUCCCAACGGUGACUUUGAGUCUGCAUCAAGUGGUUGGGAGAUCACCGGAAACGCUGGUAUCACCUACAACGGCCAGUACGGUCCUCAAGCUCGUGCCAACAGCGGAAACCUCGCCAUGGCUCUGCAAUGGCCCCAAAAGAAUGGCGUCAAAGCCGGUUUCAAGCGAACCAUCACAGGCCUCAUGCCCGGCCAGACCUACUAUCUCGGCUACGGCCACCACACGGGCAACGGCGCUCAUCUCCCUUACUACGAAUGCGACAUCCUCGUCAAGUUUGACGGUGUCAACUUUGAUGACUUUGAUCCUUUCUACGAUCCUAAUGCUUGGUGGCAGUACCGCAACCGCAUGAACUAUGUCACGCCCACGCAUUCUACUGUUGAGCUGUCGUUUGUUCUCACUUGCAAGAGUAACCCUGCUGCUUUUACGCUUCUUAUGGAUGAUAUUUUCCUUUCUGCUUGUCAGAAAUAA